AUGGCGUACGAGGCCCAGGGCGCCGCCCUUGGCGACUGCAGGGCUGAAAGGCCGGAAACGGCCGUCAUUGGCCCAGCGCCCGCCGCUCGCACCAUGCACAGCCUUCUGGGUAAUGUAGUUUCCCACUAUAGCUCGCGGCAGGAGGAGCGGCUGACCCUGCGGGUUUUCCUCCGUGUGGAACGCGCUGGAGGACCGAGCGUGGUCUCGGACCCGCCUCUUUACGAAAACGUGGUAACAAAUUAUAGGCGCAGUCGCACCAAAUUCACAGAUGAUCAAUUGAAAAUCCUCAUCGAUGCCUUCAAUCAAAAACCUUACCCAGGUUAUGCUACCAAACAAAGACUUGCUUUAGAAAUCAACACUGAAGAGUCAAGAAUUAAGAUAUGGUUUCAGAAUCGAAGAGCUAGGCACAGAUUCCAGAAGAAGCCAGAAUGUGAGGAGGUUUCAGAAUCAAGCCAAAGCCAUGGACAAGGUCACCCUGGAAAGGAGAAUCAAAGAGGAGAAGCCAGACGGUCUCGCACCUGCUACUCUGCCACUCAAUUACACACUCUCAUCCAGGCAUUUACAAAAGACCCUUACCCCGGGAUUGAAUGCAGAGAACAACUUGCUAAAGAAAUUGGGGUUCCAGAGUCAAGAGUCCAGACUUGGUUUCAGAAUCGAAGAUCUAGAUACUAUACCAAGAAACAAAAAAGAGAACCUGACGAAUCCUUAGAACAAAACCAGGGACAAGAUAUCAGGGAGUCCAAGGUAUAG